CAUGAAUUUAAUGUGAUAUUGGGGGAGCCUCAUCCUUCCCUUUUACCACCCACCCAUCCAGCCUGUUGUGAGUUGGGUGAGGGCUGCCCCCAGUCUCCGUCCUGCGGCUCUGGGUGCCAUCCUGUUCCUUUGAGCUCAGUCAGCCUCCUGGGCUCGUCUCUCUGUGAAUCUCCUUCUUGCGUAUUCAUAUAGUGCUUGCUUGCGCUCCUGCAGGCUCUCCUGCCGGGCCCAGGAAGACUUGGCAAAUGUUAGGGCUGUUGGCUGAGGGGUCACCGGGCCAGAGCUGGGGAACUUGGGGGCAGAGGCUGUGGGUAGGGACUGAGUUCCCUUGGUGAUGUCUUCAGGCAUGAAAGCUACGGCUCCCUCAAGCAGAUUAGUGAUAGUCAAGUCUACACAGCCAGUCUUGGCCAGGUCUCUCUGGAUGACACCCAAUGGAACAUGGGGCAAAACUUCCUUAACUCUCUGAGCCAGAGUUGCCAGUUGCACAUCAGGAGAAGUACCAGGGGAGGGAGGGAAAGAAGACUGGGCUGACUGGGGGCGCAAUCUGGGGUGUCUUUGUCGCUUCAUGUGUUCUGCUUUGUCAGCUGGAGUGAGCCGUGUCCCUGUCUGGCCCAAUUCCUUGGCCACCAGCUGUUGUACACGGAGCGCAAACUCCUCAUUCGCUUCCCCUAGUUGGCGAUGAACAGGACGAAGCCACCUUACUUGAUACACCGUGAAAGGGACGAAAAGUGACCACAGCAGUUCUGAGACCCAGGAGGCGUCUGACACCGUCACAGAGACCAGGGGUCUCUGAACUUGCAGGGUAAGAGGCUGUACCACAUCUUGGAUAGAAAAUGGCCAGGAACUGAAGCGCAGGAGCCCCUCCCGGCCAUUGGUGGCCUCUUCCUCAGGGAAUAGCAGCAGAGGAGUGGGGGGAAGCCUCGUGGAAGCACAGAAUCUCUUGAGUGACUCCACCAACUCCCCCCGCCCAUCCAUCUCCAUGAAGCCCCGAGACCAGCACACAAAGCUGGGGGGACUAUUAAGUAGAGGGGUGCUACAGGUGGUGAGCAAAUUGACUAUGUUGUGGUCGAAAGGUGUCACGUGGUUGGAAAUGAGGACCCUGACACUGUGAUCCCGGAGUCCGGAGUCCUCCUGCCGGGCCACGAGCCCCAGCACCGCACACAUGGUCCGCACUACGAACCUGCGAAGGACGCUGUCUGGCAGCGCGCAGCUGACCAGGAAGACGUGAAUCCCGAGAAAGAGGCGCAGGACGAGGAGGCAGAACCCGACCGGCGCGUAGAGCAGCAGCGCGAGCAGCAGGAAGCAGUCACCCGGGAGCCGGUGCGAGUCAAAGAGCCGCUCCGGCCCCGGCCCUGAGGGAAGCUCCAUAACUGCUGCUUCAGGAGCGCCCAGCCGUCGCCGCCGCCAUCUUCGCGCCCGGCCGCAGGGGCUCCUGGGAAGGCGGAGUCUUUGGGCAUCCGCCCGGGGUGACAGGACCCGAAGUCUUGAGGCGCGCCGGAAGGGCUAGCGGUCCCAGCAUACCCUGCGGCCCCUUGGGCCGUCUCACAACUCGCGUCCCACGGAGACCACAAUUCCCGGCAUUCGCGGGACGGGGAGGAGUCGGCCUCCCGGAAUCCUGGUCCCGACGUGCACUUCUGGAGGACUUCAGGUACCGGCGUGCCCCGCGUCCUACUGUCCGCCUGCUCGCGUCCUGGGUGCCGCCUCUGAGUAGGGCGGGCGAGGAGGCAGCCGAGGCGGAGCUGAUGGCUGCGCCGAGGGCGGGGCGGGGUGCAGGCUGGAGCCUUCGGGCAUGGCGGGCUUUGGGGGGCAUUCGCUGGGGGAGGAGACCCCGGUUGACCCCUGACCUCCGGGCCCUGCUGACGUCAGGAACUUCUGACCCCCGGGCCCGAGUGACUUAUGGGACCCCCAGUCUCUGGGCCCGGUUGUGUGUUGGGGUCCCUGAACCCCGAGCAUGUCUGACGUCUGGGACCCCGGGUCCCCGGGCACAACUGACUGCGGUGACCCCAGAUACCAGGACCCGGGAGGCCUCAGAGAACUCUGGAACCCGUUCGCGCGCGUGGCUGGCUGUGGCACUGGGCGCUGGGGGGGCAGUGCUGUUGUUGUUGUGGGGCGGGGGUCGGGGUCCUCCGGCCGUCCUCGCCGCCGUCCCUGGCCCGCCGCCCGCUUCUCCCCGGAGUCAGUACAACUUCAUCGCAGAUGUGGUGGAGAAGACAGCACCUGCCGUGGUCUAUAUCGAGAUCCUGGACCGGCACCCUUUCUUGGGCCGUGAAGUCCCUAUCUCGAACGGCUCAGGAUUCGUGGUGGCUGCCGAUGGGCUCAUUGUCACCAACGCCCAUGUGGUGGCUGAUCGGCGCAGAGUCCGUGUGAGACUGCUUAGCGGCGACACGUAUGAGGCCGUGGUCACAGCUGUGGAUCCCGUGGCAGACAUCGCAACGCUGAGGAUUCAGACUAAGGAGCCUCUCCCCACGCUGCCUCUGGGACGCUCAGCUGAUGUCCGGCAAGGGGAGUUUGUUGUUGCCAUGGGAAGUCCCUUUGCACUGCAGAACACGAUCACAUCCGGCAUUGUUAGCUCUGCUCAGCGUCCAGCCAGAGACCUGGGACUCCCCCAAACCAAUGUGGAAUACAUUCAGACGGAUGCAGCUAUUGAUUUUGGGAACUCUGGAGGUCCCCUGGUUAACCUGGAUGGAGAGGUGAUUGGAGUGAACACCAUGAAGGUCACAGCUGGAAUCUCCUUUGCCAUCCCUUCUGAUCGCCUUCGAGAGUUUCUGCAUCGUGGGGAAAAGAAGAAUUCCUCCUCUGGAAUCAGUGGGUCCCAGCGGCGCUACAUUGGGGUGAUGAUGCUGACCCUGAGUCCCAGCAUCCUUGCUGAACUACAGCUUCGAGAACCAAGCUUUCCUGAUGUUCAGCAUGGUGUACUCAUCCAUAAAGUCAUCCUGGGCUCCCCUGCACACCGGGCUGGUCUGCGGCCUGGUGAUGUGAUUUUGGCCAUUGGGGGGCAGAUGGUACAAAAUGCUGAAGAUGUUUAUGAAGCUGUUCGAACCCAAUCCCAGCUGGCAGUGCAGAUCCGGCGGGGACGAGAAACACUGACCUUAUAUGUGACCCCUGAGGUCACAGAAUGAAUAGAUCACCAAGAGUAUGAGGCUCCUGCUCUGAUUUCCUCCUUGCCUUCCUGGCUGAGGCUCUGAGGGCGCCGGGACAGAGGGUUAAAUGAACCAGUGGGGGCAGGUCCCUCCAACCACCAGCACUGAUUCCAGGGCUCUAAAGAAUCACAGAAACACUUUUUAUAUAAAAUAAAAUUAUACCUAGCAACAUAUUAUAGUCAAAAAUGAGGUGGG